CUGAUCUGCUCGUCUGUCCUGUGUGCACACACGUGUGUGUUGAAAGCAGCAGUGUUUCCUUAGACAGAGAGGGUCGUGUGUUUUGAGUUAUGGAACUUAUAGUGCAGUCCCCAAUCCCAUCAGAAGAAAGCGCUAUUUUGGGAUUUCAGUCGCAGCGUAAAAAAGCAGCAACAAAUUUCACCAAAGCUUUCCUGAAGAACAGCCUACCCCGGUUGAAUGCUGAAGCAAUUGAGGAUGUGAUGCAACACAAGGCCGUGGUGCUGGAAUAUAAAAGACAGAAUAAGAAGGAGGGAAAGAAAAGAAAGGCCAAGGGGCUCAAUGCCAAAGAGAGACGACAGCUGAAAGUAUUUCAGCUUAAACCUGAACAUCAAAAAUAUGAACUGUUUUUACCUCUGCAUGAACUAUGGAAACAGUACAUUGUGGAACUGUGUGGCGGAUUAAAACCAGAAAGCAACCCACAGAUGAUCCAGCAGAAGUUUUUGAAAGCUGAUUUCCAUGGUGCUAUCUUAAAAGUAGUCAGAUCAAAAUGCCCAUCGUAUGUGGGUCUAACUGGCAUCCUGGUACAGGAACUGAAGUACAUCUUCAAAAUCAUCACAAAGGAGGACAAACUAAAAGGUAUACCUAAGAGGAACAGUGUGUUCAGUGUGGAAAUUGGUGACUUUGUAACUCACAUCUAUGGCAGCAAGUUUGAACUGCGUUCCAGUGAGCGGUCGGCAAAGAAAUUCAAAGUAAAAGGAACUAUUGACUUGUAGUGGAAAGUCAUUAACAUCAUUUGUAACGCUUGGUACUGAACAUUUUGAAGCGAAGACAACCAAUCCACAUUUCUUCAUUCUUUCAUUAUGGAUGCCUGUUUUUGCAUAUACCAUUUUUUGACAACAUAACUUUUUAUGUGACUGAGGAAACACCAGUCCUUGUUCUUCCUUUAUGUUGGAAUGCCUUUUAUUUGGCUGAAACUACAGUCCUAGCUGGACAUUAAAGACAAUUUUGCCUUUUA